UUGAUAAGAUUAGGCUAGAUUUAGAUGAUUUAGAUAAAAACAACAUAAACAAAAAUGAAAUGAUCGAAAAUCUUUUUAUUAAUUAUAUUACUACGAUUAAAAAAUAACUUUAGUUCAUUUUUAACGAAAGUUACACCAAUUUUUCAAAAUGCACAACGAACAUUGUCGUUUAUGUGGCAAUCAGAACAAUGAAAUGUUUGAUAUUUUCAGCGAAACCGGUUCGAAUAAACAGCUCGAGUCGAAAAUCAAAGAAAUCGUUCGUUUGAAUAUUUCGCCGGAUGAUUCUUUACCGAAAACUGUGUGUGUUUCGUGCAUUAACCAUUUAGAAAACGCUUCGCAUUUUGUAGAUCAAUGUCACCAGACUCAAACUUAUUUGAGCCAACUGUACGAAGAAAUCAUAUUGCCAACUCCAGCCCAAAAUUCUUUCCGAGCGCCGAAUCAUGCAGAGAAAAUUAGGGUUGUAUUGAAUGAUCGAGCUGAUAUUGAGAUAAAUCUCACCAAAUUGAGAUCUAUCCUAACUUGCAAAAUAGAAUCCGAUCAAAUUAAUUUAGAAAACGAUUCUAUUGAAAACAACUCGAGUCAAAUAAUUUCAGCGCUACCUGAUCAUAACGAUACUAAUCAGAAUUCUACCCAAAUGCUGGAAAAUUCGAACGCUGUGCAAAACGAUUCCAAUUCAUAUCCAUCUACUUCGAACAGUGAACCUGAUGGCAAUACAUCCCAUAAAAAAAAUCCAACCCCAAUUGAAAAAAUCAGUGACGUAAAUUUGGAUAGUGUUCCAUCCAACGAUACGUUGUGUUCUUCUACCAAUGAUUCUCAAGAGACUCCUCUCGCUAAUACACAAAAUUGUACAACGAGUAAUCGUAGCCGAUUGAAAAGAAAAUGCACCAUGCGAACGACACCGAUAAAUGACCAUCCUGAUUCUAGCGAUGAAGAAAACCGUGAACCAGACGAACGUAGUGAUUAUAGCGAUGAUUUGACCAAUAAAUGUAACGAAAAUCGUAACAGUAAUACAAAAAAACCCAAACUUCAAACCGAACUUCGUCCAUUUUCAUGCAAACUAUGCAAAUCUUCGUUCAAAACUGUAAAGAUGCUCAAUCGGCAUAUAAAAACAGUUCACUCAGAUAAGCGACUCAAGUGUUCGAUCUGCGAUUAUAUAGGCAAAGAUCAUGUAAUACUAAAGAUACAUAUGAAAAAUACCCACUUUAAACCGUACGUUUGUGCCAUAUGCGACUAUAGAACCGGACUAAAGUUUAAAAUUCGAAAUCACAUUGUGAAAAAACACACACCAGCAUCAUGGACAUUGAACACAAAUGAAGAAAACGAUGACGAUAGAAGUAGCUUUUGUUGUGCAACUUGUGGAAAAACUUUUUAUGGAAAGAUGAAUUAUCAAAAGCACAUGAGCCUUCAGCAUAGCAUUCGUCCAUUCUCAUGCAAUCUGUGCACAUCUUCGUUCAGAGUUAAACAAGACCUCACUAAUCAUAUUAACACAAUUCACUCAGAUAAAAAAUUGAAGUGUCCAAUUUGCGAUUAUGUAGCCAAAUAUCAGAGUAAACUAACUGAGCACAUGAAAAGUACCCACUAUAAACCAUUUGCUUGUGCUAUAUGCGACUGGAGAACUGGAGAUAAAAAACGAAUUCGGCUACACAUCGUGAGCAAGCAUCUCGAAGAAAACAAUGAUAAAAAUUACUCUUGCGCUACUUGCAAGAUAACAUUUUCCCAUGAGUUGACUUACCAGAAGCAUUUAAAGGUUCAUUCUGGAAAAGGCAAAUUUUCAUGCGAACUAUGCAGAUCUUCGUUCGAAGCUGUAAAGAUGCUCAAUCGGCAUAUAAAAACAGUUCACCCAGAUAAGCGAUUCAAGUGUUCGAUCUGCGGUUAUAUAGGCAAAGAUCAUGUAAUACUAAAGAAACAUAUGAAAAAUACCCACUUUAAACCGUACGUUUGUGCCAUAUGCGACUAUAGAACCGGACAAAAGUUUAAAAUUCGAAAUCACAUUGUGAAAAAACACACACCAGCAUCAUGGACAUUGAACACAAAUGAAGAAAACGAUGACGAUAGAAGUAGCUUUUGUUGUGCAACUUGUGGAAAAACUUUUUAUGGAAAGAUGAAUUAUCAAAAGCACAUGAGCCUUCAGCAUAGCAUUCGUCCAUUUGCAUGCAAUCUGUGCACAUCUUCGUUCAGAGAUAAACAAGGCCUUACUACGCAUAUUAAGACAAUUCACUCGGAGAAACGAUUCAAAUGCCCAACUUGCGAUUAUGUAUGCACAUCCAAUGGCAAACUAAGUCGGCACUUGAAGUGUGCCCACGAUAAGCCAUUGACCUGUGCUAUAUGUGGCUUUAAGACCGGAAUGAAGUCACACAUUCGGAAACACAUUACGAGCCAACAUAUUCCAGCAUCAUGUAGCUUGAAAGAAAAUACUAAAAAAAACGAUAAACGUUUCUUUUGCUUAAUUUGCAAGAAAACAUUUGCCCGAGAGUCAACUUACCAGGAGCAUUUAAACGUUCAUUCUGGAAAACGCCCAUUUUCAUGCAAACUAUGCACGUCUUCAUUCAGAGUUAGAUCUCUACUCAAUUAUCAUUUACGAACGGUUCACUCGGAUAAGCAAUUCAAAUGCCCAACUUGUGAUUAUGUAGCCAAAUACAAAAGCAAACUAACUGCCCACAUGAGAUGUGCUCACGAAAAACCACUUACGUGUGAUGAUUGCGGCUACAGAACGGGCGAAAAAAGAAGACUUCAGCGACACAUUGCCAGUAAACAUACUUCGUCCAUGUCUUUAGUUUGUGAAGUCUGCGGUAAAGAGCUCGCAACAAGCAUUACUCUGCAUUAUCACAUGAAAAAUAUUCAUUUCCCGGAGCCGAAAGUUUGUCAAACCUGUGGCAAAGUUUGUCCUUCGAAUUCAAAAUACAGCCAGCAUAUAUUAAAAUGUGGCAAAAAGAAAGAAGAAUACGAAUGUGAGAAGUGCGGACAAACGUAUUCAAUAAAGGCUAACCUCUUAGAACACAUGAAUAAGCAUUUGAAUCGGAAACCUUACAAAUGUAAAGUUUGUGGUAUGGCAUUCUACCAGAGGAUUCGAUUGCACACUCACAAAUUUGUUCAUCGUGGUGCUAAUUUCCAAUGUGAAAUUUGUGAUCGGCCUUUUAAGAGAAAAGAUAAUAUGAAAAGUCAUAUGAAGAGACAGCAUUCGAAAAAAUAAAUCUAUGAGGUGUGAUUAUACGAUAGUGAAUGACUGAAGUUUAAAUUUUUUUAAUGACAAAUAUUUUUGUGUGUGAAUUUCUGUAUGUAUAUCGCAUGUUUAUUUUCUAUGUACGUUAAUAUAAUUUUUUAUUGGGCUCAAUAA